GAAAGAAAGGCACUCCUCUCAGCGCCAUGUUCCCUCCCAUUCUUAUGAUUGCGUGCCAGGCUGCCUCUCAUCCUGCUCCAUCAUUGGAUCUAUAGCCAAUUGCGCCUAUAAGAACCUACACUGGAUUCCUUCCCUACCUCCGAACAUCACCCACCUGUACUUAGAGAUGAACCACAUCGGUGAGAUUAACGCCACCUCUUUGUCUGGCCUGGAGAUGCUACAAGUGGUGGACUUGGGUCAUCAGUAUUCAUCGCUGCUGAUCCGAAACAAUGCAUUCAGCAGUCAAAGACACCUCAAGAAGUUGGAGCUGGGCUUCAAUACAAGGCUUCAGCUGGAGCCGCAGGCCUUUUUAGGAUUGUCUAGAUUGCAGACUCUCCACCUGGAUUACUGUUCCCUCCAGGAUUCCAUUCUGAAGGAAAACUAUUUGAAGCCCCUUUCUUCAUUAGAGACUCUUAACUUGUUUGGUAACCAGAUAAAAAGACUCCAGCCUGCAAUGUUCUUUUCCAAUAUGACUCACCUGAAAAAUUUGAAUCUAAAACUGAAUCGUAUCAACAAAAUAUGUGAACCAGAUCUAGCUGCCUUCCAGGGAAAGCAAUUUGAAUCCUUGAAUUUAGACUCGAACAAACUUCAGGCUACGUACGAUGAAAAUUUCAAUCAGCGUACUUGUGGGAACCCUUUCAGAGGAAUAUCUUUUGGAACCCUUGACUUGUCCCAUAAUGGGUUCAGCAUAGCCAGGUUAAAGUUAUUUUUCAAAGCUAUCGAGGGUACUAUGAUUUCUCAUCUCAAGAUAUCAGGACACAUAGGUAAGGGCUUUUCAUUUAACAAUCUCCUGGAUGUGGACAGAAGCACUUUUGAGGGCCUAAGGACCAGCUCAAUCACCAUACUGGACAUGUCUAAAAACAGGCUCUUUGCAUUGCAACCGAAUGUAUUCAGUCCACUACCCGAAGCUCAUGUCAUUAACCUCGCUAGAAACCAACUUAAUCAGAUACAUAAAAAUGCAUUUGAAGGCCAGGAACAUUUAAAGACACUCGACCUGUCCUAUAAUUUGCUCGGCGAUAUCCGGGCUCACAGUUUCGCUCCUCUAAGGAAUUUACGAGUGUUGGACCUCGCUUACAAUCACAUUGGCGUAUUUGGCUAUCAGGCAUUUAGUGGACUUCUCAGUUUAGAAGUAUUAAAUCUGACUGGAAACUCUCUCAGGACAUUUGGCUUCCCUAGCACUCUGCCUGGUUUAACUUAUCUCAAUCUGUUUGACAAUAAAUUGACCUUUGCAGCAGUGGACAGCAUCACAGCAUUUGCCCCUAAUGUCACAUAUUUGAACAUUCAGACCAACAGAGUGGAAAACCUGGAGGGUGUGUACACCUUUUUGGCUAAGCUGAAAAAACUCCAGCAUCUCUUCUAUGGAGGAAACCCCAUCAAAUGGUGCACAAUGAAUACACAAGCUUCUGAAAAGAAGGAAAGCAGUGUGAAAGUGUUAGAUGUUCACAGCAGUAACUUGCAGUCGAUUUGGUCUCAAGGCAAAUGCCUUGAUCUGUUUGAAGGUCUCCGUCAUUUGGUCAGUCUGAGCUUGAGAUCGAACAACUUGCGCUCUCUUCCCGAAGGAAUCUUCAAGGGUCUCACCUCACUUCUAAACAUGGACCUCUCAUUCAACACUUUAACAUAUCUCCGGCCUGAUGCAUUUCCCCAAAGUCUCAAAUUACUAAACCUCGCUAACAAUUUCAUAGCGUCCCCUGACCCGGCCCCCUUCCGCACUCUAAGUGUCCUCAACUUGAAAAUGAACGGAUUCCACUGUAAUGCCAACCUCACAAACUUCUUGAUGUGGGUUAAGAAAACAAAUGUGACUUUCACGAGUCCUAUUGAGGAGUUGAGAUGUGAAUUUCCUAUUGCAUUUUAUAAAGUUCCGCUGUUGGAUUACUCCAUUCAGCUACUUGGCACUGGAAGCGCUGAAAAGGGCUUAUAGGGAUACAAACAUGACUAAUACUUUGAAUACAUCCAUCCAUUUUCUGAGGUGCUUAUCCUCACGAGGGUCACUGGCAACCAGUUCAGGGUAUACCCAACCUUCUGCCCAAUGCUAGCUGGGAUAGACGCCACCACCACCGUCACUCUUGUGAGGAUAAGUG